GAUUAUUUCUCUCUUAAUAUCUACAAAGAUGCCAAAAGUCAAGCACCAAAAAUUUGGUUAUUCUCAUAAUAGUCAGAGCAAAAAUGUUACUAAAUCUUCUACUAAUACAGCAGCUCGGUCUCUCGCACCUUUAUUUAAUAAAGACUUGGGUCAGCAUAUUUUGAAGAACCCGCUUGUUGCCCAAGGAAUAGUUGAAAAGGCUGGCCUAAAAAGUACUGAUACAGUACUUGAAGUAGGUCCUGGUACAGGAAAUUUAACAGUUCGUAUUUUAGAAACGGCGAAGAAAGUUGUUGCUGUAGAAAUGGAUCCAAGAUUAGCUGCCGAAUUGGUUAAACGUGUUCAGGGAAAACCUGAACAAAAGCGAUUGAAUAUAAUGGUUGGAGAUUUUCUUAAAACAGAAUUACCAUAUUUCGAUGUUUGUAUAAGCAAUACUCCCUAUCAGAUUUCAUCACCACUUAUAUUUAAGCUUCUUGAACAUCGACCAUUAUUUCGAUGUGCGAUAUUAAUGUUUCAACGCGAAUUCGCUAUGAGAUUAAUAGCCAAACCCGGUGAUAAUUUAUAUUGUCGAUUGAGUAUUAAUGUACAAUUGUAUGCAAAAGUAGAUCAUAUAAUGAAGGUUGGGAAAAAUAAUUUUAAGCCUUCGCCACAAGUUGACUCAUCAGUUGUUCGAAUUGAACCAUAUAAUCCACCUCCUCCUAUUAGUUUUAAGGAAUGGGAUGGAUUAAUGCGGAUCGUGUUCGUUAGGAAAAACAAGACAUUAGCAGCGAAUUUUAAAACAACUUCGGUUUUACAAAUAAUUGAAAAUAAUUACAAGACAUUUUGUUCUCUAAAUAAUAUGAUGAUUGAAGAUACUUUGGAUAUAAAGCAAAAGGUUAUAAAUGUAUUACAAUCGGUCGAUAUGGCUGAAUCCAGAGCGGCAAAAUUGGGCAUUGACGACUUUCUCAAAUUACUUUACGCGUUUAAUCAGGCGAAUAUUCAUUUCUGCUAAUAUUUUGUAUGAUUUUAUUUAUUAUUAAAAUUUUUAUGUGAAAAUUUAAUAUUUUUAAUAUUAUUUAAAAAUAAUACAAAUUUUUAUAUACAAAUAAAAAAUAAAAAAAAA